AUGAGUGGCCGAGUCAGAUCCAGAUCCAGAUCCAAACAAAGAAAAGAUGAUCCACGGUCUAACCAGCACAUGGGUGAGCAGCAACCCAGUGAUGAGCAACUGAAACAAAAGGAGGCACCACCUGAGAGUCAAGAUAUUCUACCUGAUCAAGGGAAGGAAGUUGAAGGAGGACCUGUGGCUCAAGGACGGGACCUGGAAGCUGAUCUCCAGAAGCUGCCUCAGGCAAAGGCUGGGUGUAUAACUGAAGAUGACCCUAAUGUCAAGGCGCCAAGUCUACCCUUUUUAGAGCCCAUUAAAAUGCCAGAAGCAGGUGAAGGACUACCCCAGAUUUAA